GAAUUUUAUAUAUAACACAAACACUCUUGGUCGAAAUUCAGUUUAAUUUACCUAACUGCUAACAGUCUGGGACCUUUUUUUGAAUACGAUUAAGAUUAAUUUCUUAGCUUGAUAGGGAUCGUAGUGAGCCUCUCAAGUUUAUAGCCAACAUUUUUUUCCAAGUGUAAUUUUACUAAAACUCUAGUCAAUAAAUUGACUUUUAGAAAGUAGUUGCAAUGGAUGUGAAAGAUUGUGGAAGGGAGGGUAGAUAAGCAAUAUCGAUAUAUGCUUUUCCAUGCCUUCGAAUAUUUUGUUCAAAAUUUACAGACAGAAUAUUGGUUAACUAUACUUAUUAUUGACUUGUGUUCAAGUAAUUAAAAAAAGUGUGAUAAAUAUCAAGAAAAAAAAAAUAAAUUGGGCCUCAGUUAAAAAAAAAAAAAAUCAAGCAACUUACGAGAUUCGAACUCGGACCUCGCGCAUGGAAAAUAUGUGCGCUAACCACUGGACCACAGAGACUUUGGACAUAAAUAUGUGAUAAAAUUAUGUAUAUAAAUAAAUUUUGUUAGGACAGCGUGUCUAUAUUCGUUUUACAUUGACCUGUUUUGAAAUUAUUGGCUUUUCUACAAUCAAAGAAAUAAAUAAACAACGGUUUUGUUAUUCAAACAGUGCAGUAAUGUAGCUUACGUCAUAAUUCAUUAUUGAAAACGAAAAGCGGGCCGCUUGAAUCAUCCAUAAACUCGUUUCAUGAAGAAACCCGAAUAACACCGAUUUCUAUUGAUACCGCGAACUUUCAACUCGAUAGAAUAAUUUGUUUUAAUAAUGCGGCGCCCGAUCGUUCAUAAGAAAUUUUAUUUUAUCAAAUGUCGUCCUGAAAAUUAUUUAUUGCGCAAGAACGGCAGCAGGUCCGGUAGAAUUAUGGGAGAACAACAACAACAAAACCGGUGAAGGUAUAGAACUUAUUCCCAAGUUGAACGGAGAGACAGACAGUGAUAUCUGUGGACACACCCUCUGGUCAGGAGGGCCCAGGAGCACCACCUUCUAUACCAGAUAUACCAAUUCAGCCUAAACCAAAACCAAGAAAAGCACCAGAUAUUCCGAUAUUUGAGAGACGGAAUUGGCUAAUUCACUUACACUACGUGAGAAAGGAGUAUGAGCAGUGUAAACAGCUGAUCAAAGAACAGCUUGGAGAAAGUGGAGGCAUGUGUGAAUAUGCUGUAUAUGUACAAGCACUGAUUCUACGAAUGGAGGGCAAAAUUCAGGAGUCUUUGGAGCUGUUCCAGACUUGUGCCUUACUUAACUCAAGCAGUGGGGAAAAUCUCAAACAAGUAGCAAGGUCCUUAUUCUUGUUGGCAAGACACAAGGCAGCUAUUGACGUAUACAAUGAAGCAGAAAAACUAAGUGUUAAUGACUGGGAAAUAUGCCACAACAAAGGAGUAUGUUACAUGUAUCUGAAAGAAAUGGAUAAGGCUAAGGAAUGUCUUCAAAGAGCUAUAGCAUUUAAGAGACAUGAAAUAUCCUAUGUGAUGUUGGGAAAGGUCUACCUUAUCAAUGGUGACAUACAAGGAGCUAUAGAGGUCUACAAGGGAGCUGUCGAAUUUUCACCAGAACAUCCAGACAUGCUGACAACACUAGGACUUCUUUAUAUGCAGGUUGGACAGUAUCAGAAAGCUUUUGAGAAUCUUGGUAACGCAAUGACCUAUGACCCCACUCACGUUAAAGCCAUCAUGGCUGCUGGAAGUAUGAUGCAGAGCCAUGGCGACUUCGAUGUUGCGCUUACAAAGUAUAGGGUUGCUGCAGUAAGUUCGCCGGAAAGUCCUCCCCUGUGGAACAACAUCGGAAUGUGUUUCUUUGGAAAGAAAAAAUAUGUGGCCGCUAUCAGCUGCUUGAAACGAGCAAAUUACCUUGCACCGUUUGACUGGAAGAUAUUAUACAACUUGGGCCUUGUUCACCUGACCAUGCAACAGUAUGCCUCAGCAUUCCACUUUCUUAGUGCUGCCAUCAACCUUAGACCAAAAAUGGCGCAGCUUUUCAUGCUCCUUGCAGUUGCACUGACACACCUGGAGGAUGCAGAAAAUGCCAGACAGGCGUAUGAACAAGCAUUACAGCUUGAUGAGAAAGAUCCUAUGAUCUCUCUGAAUUACUCUGUGUUCCUCUACAACAUCAGUGAUAGAAAACUGUCACAGAAACAGUUCUCAAAGUUUGAAUCUAAAGUAAAAGUUCUGAAGGGCAAUGCUAAUCCACUCAAUACAGAUUCUGAGGUUCAGGAGACAGCUAGUAAGAUGGCAGCAGCUCUUCAGCUAGGAGAUAAUUUAGUUUGGAAAGAUAAACAACAAGCUGAGGCCAAGCCUUCUGCACCGACAUCUGAGGACACACAAGUCAAACAACCAUAUGGAGUAUCCAGAGUGAAGGAACCAGAACCUACAAGACAUGAUCUUGGCCCGACCCCAACCCCCACCCCUGGUGGUAUUAGUCGUGCCGCAACUUCAUCCGGUGUAGAAGCUGACAUUGCACCGACUCCAGAUAUACCCCAAACCCCUGCACCGAGUUUCCCGCCAAACAGAGAUGAAGUCCCAGAAACACCGUUACCAAACCACCCACCAGAAGAUGAACAUGAUCAACCCCCGCCAACACCAACUUUUCACCCUCCUCCGGGAGAGCCUAUGCUUCAGAAAAAAGCAGGAGAUUUGUCAUCUCUUCCAUCUCCAUUCGGAAAAACUGUUCCUCCCCUACCCUUCAAAUUAGGUGGUGGCAAGCUACCACCGGUUCAAGGUCAGGCAGUGCCCAAUUUAGACAAUCUUCCUAACCCCCCUGAGGAUGAAUUACCAUCUUACGAGGAAGUAGAAAUGGCCGAUAAAUUAUCAGGCAAGAAGAAAAAGAAACACAAAGAACCUAAAGCAGAACUUGAACCAUUGUAAUGAGGUGUGAAUUUUAGUCUUUAGGUUUAUUUAUUCAGUAAUUCAGAUUUGAUUUUGGUUUGUAUGUGCACUGUUGGAAGUCAUUGUUGCACAGAUUUUUAAUGUCUUUGUCAUUUUGUAUUGAAGAUACUUGUGUGAUACAAUGACUUCAUGCCUUUUUUCAAAAGAUCAUUUCAUUGAGACAUAUUCAUUUUGGGGCAGAAUUUUCUAACUUAAAAUCAAAUAAGGCAUGUGAUGGAAAAGUUUUUACCAAUUUAACCCUUAGCCUGCUGGCGGCAAGUGUUUCUGCCUUUAUGACCAAUGCAGACCAAGAUCAGCCUGCACAUCCGUGCAGUCUGAUCAUGGUCUGCACUGUUUGCCAUUCAGUCAGUAUCUUUUUGGUAAGCACCCCUUUUAACAGUUAAUGGUACUGUCCAAAUUGAAAGAUGGACAAGUUCAUUAUAGAAAAGCAGGGUAAGGGUUAAGUCCUUUAGGAAAAAAAAGUUUUCUGGGGAUAUGUUUCAUAAAGCUUCAGUGUCUUUAUCUUUCUGGUUGUUAGUUGCAUGCCAAUGUUUGAAAGCUCCAGACAUAAUAUCUGUACUAGUGGGGUCACGAGUUCGAUUCCAGGGCGGGGCGUAUGUUCUCUGUGACAAUUUGAUAAAAGACAUUGUGUCUGAAAUCAUUCGUCCUCCACCUCUGAUAAUUAAUGUGGGGAAGUUGGCAUUCACUUGUGGAGAACAGGUUUGUACUGGUACAGAAUCCAGGAACACUGGUUAGGUUAACUGCCCGCUGUUACAUGACUGAAAUGUUGAAAAACUGCGUUAAACCAAAAACAAACAAACAAAUAAUAUCUGUACACAUGAUGUAGUAAAUUAUAUUUCAAAAUCUGUUGCAACUGAAUCUCGAUAAUUGGAUCUUUAGUUGAUGAUAUUAUGUGACCAACUAAAGUGUGUUUAAUUAAAAAUGAUCUAAAGAAAAAGAAAAUUGUACCAUAAAAAAAUAACAUUUUAAACAUGGUUCACUCUAGACAUACAUAAUGCGGGUUUAAAUUGUAAUGGUUUUAAGGUAAUAUGUUCUUUAAAGAGGGAAUUGAUAAAGAUAUGUUUUAAACAUACAGUAUCAAAAUCUGCCAUUUCUGUGUUUAUUUACUUCAACAGUCUGUUAAUGGUUUGGAUUUUAUUGAAAUAGUAGGCUUUUAAUGUAAAAAUUUCUAACAUAUGUGACAAAAGGUAUCACAAUUUUGAAAAAAAAAAAAACAUACUUAUCUAAAGGCAUACUUUAAUGUGCAUGGUUUCUUUAUAUUGAAAGAGCAGUGUUAAACCCAAUUUAACAAACAAACAUGAAUGAAAAGUUAGUUUUUAAUCCUGUUUAAACAUUUAAAAGGGUGAUAUCAAACAUUAGUCGUGUGAGAAACACAAGUAAAGAUUGUUUUGGUAUUUGUGUAGUACUUACAGGUCAGACAAGUUCAUAUUGAUGAAUCACUACGUAAUUUUCAUAUUAAAUGCUUCUUUUUUUUAUAUCAUUUACAGUUUUUCCUGACAUUUUUUAAAAGAUUUUCACUAAACAUAUAUAUAUGGUUUAGAUGCAAGGGGAGAAAUGUACUGGAAUUUCAAGACUUCUUCCUUGGUAACCUUACUUAGGGAAGCUUUUGAGAAUUGUGUUUCAGGCUUGUUUUGUAUUAUUGAUAAGUGAUGUUAACCCAUCCCAAACUUAAAUAUGUUCCUUGUAUAGCUGUGAUUUACCUUGAAUAUGUUUUUGUAUUAAUGUUGAAAGUAUGUUUAUUUUUUUACUUGAAUGUAGUUUACAGUCUAAUAGAAUUAUACUGUUGACGUUUUUUCGUCUAGACAUCAUUCCAGAUUGAGUUAUUGGUCCGCCACUUUGGUUUUACUUACUAUUAUGAGUGUUCCGUCCAUAUUUGAGCCGUGCCAUGAGAAAACCAACAUAGUAGGUUGGCGACCAGCAUGGAUCCAGACCAGCCUGCGCAUCCGCGCAGUCUGGUCGGGAUCCUUGCUGUUCGCUAACAGUUUCUCUAAUUGCUAUAGGCUCUGAAAGCGAACAGCAUGGAUCCUGACCAGACUGUGCAGAUGCGCAGGCUGGUCUGGAUCCAUGCUGGUCACAAACCCACCAUGUUGGUUUUCCCAUGGCACGGCUCAUUUCUAGAUUUAAUUUUGCAUUUUCUUUUUAUUGUUUUUUUUUUUCUUUGUUUACUUUACCAUGUCUUAAUCUAAUGUGUAUUUGAAGAAGAUGAAAUGAACAGUAAAGUAAUGUUAUGUGCAUAUGCCUUUAAUUUAAAGUAGUUUAAGAUCAGAAAUAGAGAGUUGAAUUUAUGAUCUGUUAGCAAUAUUUGAUCACCAUUGACAUCAUCAUCAUCAUCAUCAUCAUCUUAAUCAUUAUAAUGGAAACUGAGCAUAAUAAUUAUAAUCAUUGUCAUCAUUAUCAGUGUUAUUAUGUAUAACUUUUAUUAUUCUUCACAAGAAUUGCCAAUUGCACACAAACUCUCUCCUCAAUGCUGAGUUAUUGCACUCCCUUUCAAACAAGGGGGAGUAUUGGGGUUUUGUUUUGCCUUGUCUGUCUUUUCGUUGGUAGGCAAUUUGGUUUACCGUCAGUAACUAGAGAACAUUUUGGCCUACAGUUGUCAAGUAACUUGGAUGAAUUACUGUGUUCAGUGUAUGACCCUUUUGUUUUAGGCUUCAGUAGCUCAAUGUCAAAUGACCUUAAGAAUGAGAGUGUGUUAUUUCAUAAUUUUGAAGCACAUUUAGGAUACUCAAGAGUUUGAAAGAUUUUCAUUUGUUUUUAUUCAUUUAAAAAGUAGCAACUCUUGUGGAUUAUUCUGUAAUAAUGUUUGAUUCAAUUCGAAAGAAUUAAUUUAGAAUUUAGACCUUUAUGAUCAUUUCUAGAAUAAGUAGGUAUUUAAACCUACCUUCAUCCCCCACCCCCACCCAUCUCCUGCCCAUUAAGGCAGAGAAAUUUCGACAUUUUUUCCUUACUUCCAACACAUGUCAUGCAUUCAUUUGUGUAUUUAAAUAUAAUGAAGAAUAUUUAUUUUUAUUUAUUAUUAUAUUAUAUUAUUAUAAUGCUUAUUUAUUGACCCCUAGAGUGCAAACCCUUGCAAAUCCAAGUAUCUGCCAUCCAGGAAAUUUUAGGAGACACUCAUUUCGCUGCAGAAAACACACUGCUCCACUCAAAUCUGUCUCCAGAAAUAAUGACUCACAAACUUUAUAGAUAUUCACAUAUGUUCUUAAUGCAUACAUGCACAUAUGGAUUGAUUUUGAAAGAAUUUACUUUCAAUAAUUGAACUGUUCCUCUGCAACCAAAGAUUGCUCAGUUUUCAACCUAGAAAUAGAAAGUGAUUUGACCUGCAGUUGUAAAACAUCAUAAGAUGAUUGUUUGUUUUUGGUCACUACAUGUCCCCUUUCUUUUUUGGGAUCAGUAGGUCAGAGGAUAAGGUCACUGUGAUCUUGUGUGUGGUUGAACAAUAUUGCUGGCCAAUAAUUGGGUACAUUUUGGCUUACUACUGUCUAUUUAGUAGAUGAUAUCUACUGUUUAAGGGCUCAAUAGGUCAAAAGUCACAAUGACCUUGAGACAAAUAUUGAUAGAUGACCCCUAUUUUUGAAAUGGAGGUCAAAGUUGAAGAUCAUUACAUACUUGAAAUGGAAAAUUACACACUCAUCUACCUCUAAGAGGGCAGCAUAGGGGAGGGGAAAAGCAUAUGUGUUUUAUGUACAGCUCUUGUUUCAUAUUAACUGACUAAUCUUGCAUGAGCUUGGUUAAAGAGGAGAAAAGGUUCUCUCAAAAUUGUUGAAAACAUGCAUUUUCUAAAAGACAUCGUUCGUAUAAUUGAUUUGAGAUUGAUUUGCAAAGUAUCCGGCCCAAAAACUUACUAAACAAUAUCAGUUGUCUGCUGUUACCAUUUUCUACAAAUUUGAUAUUUAAGGUAGUAGACGGGUAAUUACAAAUGGAAAUUUCCAUGCUAUUACCUGUUCUCAUUUGCUUUUUUAACAUCCUUUGGCUAUAAGUUGAAUGUUAACAGAAAGUGGCUUUUCCAUAACAGUAAGAGAAUGCUGAGUCAGCCAAAUUUGGUUUGUUUGUAUUUUGUUUAUCAGUUUCAUUAUUUUGAGUGUCCCCCUCACUGUAUAUGAAAUGCUGUUUGAAUAUAGUUGGUUUUGUUUAGAUCUGUUGGACAUGUUGAUUUAUAUUUUUUGUUUUCUCAGGUGUGUAGGCAAAGGCUAAAUGGUGGCACUGAUUUUUGAAGUGGAUCUUUUAGAUCUGAUUAGCUGUCGUAUUUUGUGUAUUUGUUUCAAAUGAAGGAAAUUUUAUGGUUUUUGGGUGGUAUAUUUCAAGUAAAAGCUCUGGAUUUUUUUUUAUGUUGUUCAACAUGGGCAUAUCAUGACACACGAAAAAAGGCGUGUAACUUUACAUUGUAUUGUGUCUGGGUAGUUGAGAUAAUUUGUUGAAUAUUCAUCAUCCUGGUUAACAUACAUGUAGUAUAAAUGAUAAAAUGUUAGUGUAUUUAUUUUGUCUGUGAUACACCAUUAUUAUUGCAUAACAUUUGAAAUAAAAGAAGCAAAAUUCA